AUGGCCCUCGACGACGACGACAACCCCUCCCUCGCCCCCUCACCCUCACCCACCCCCACACCCUCGACCACACCACCCGCCCAAGCCCAAGCCACCGCCGAAGAACAAGCAGACCUCCUCGAAGAAGACGAGAACGCCGCCUCCCAAGACUUCCUCGCCUUCGCCGCCUCCCUCCAAUAUCGCAAAACAGCCGGCGUGUCCGCCCAAACUAUCCGCAAAGGCGAAAAGGACUUUGAAUCCCACGGCACGCGUGCACAGGCCGAUGCGCUGGAACAGAGCCGUGGGGCGAUGCGUGAUGUGCUGAGUUAUACGCGGGUGCAUCCUGGUGGUGGUGCGGCGGCGGCGAGGGGGUGGUAUUUCCCUGCUUGGUGGGAGGGGUAUCAAGAACGGGAGGAGGAGGAGCGGGGGAAGGAGAAAGAAGGGGAGGAAAAGAGGCCAUUUGGGUUUGUGAGGGAGAGGGUGGUGGUGUUGGAGGGGUCGUCGGUGGCGAGUCAGGCGUUGGGGAGGGCGGUCACGGGGCAGGCGAAGGAUAGGCCGGCUAGGGGGAGGGAUUGGUUGUUGCCCGAGGAGGCGUUGUAUUUGGUGGAACGGGGGUCGUUGGAUUUGUGGUGGCCGGUGAAGGAGUUGGGGGAGAUAUUUCCCCCGGAUGGGACGGUUAAGGAGGGUAAGGAUAAGGAGGUUGGGGAAGAGGGGGAAGGAGAAGAAGAGGUGGAUGAGUACGAACAGGGGUUCCCGUUGAGUCUACAGGCGGCUUAUGCAUUGCUGAUUGGGAACGAUGGGGAACGCGGCAAGAUCAGCUUGCAAAAGUUCCAGGUCUACUCCAACCUCAAACGAUGCGGCUACAACAUCCUCCGCGCGCCGCCUCCCGCCAAAACCUCACCAGAACCCAUCAUCCCCACGCCCAUCACGACGACCCUCUGGCAGUGGUUCACCUCCCUACUCACCAAACCCACUCCCUCACCACCAACCCAUCUCCCCUACGGCCCACUCGUCCAACCAGGUCUCUACCGUUCCUACGCCUCCAUCUACCGCCAAAUGGCCCUCCUCCCCCGGCACACCCCCUCAACACCACUCCCACCCUCCCCCUCCGAACCGACGACCCAAGAAGCCCCCUUCACCAUCCACUUCCACGUCUGGAAGUCCGCGCAAAAAUGGACCAAACUCCGGCACCCCCCACCCGACUUCCAUCUCGCCGUCGUCGACGCCCAGGACUCAUCAGUCCCCACCCUCUCGCAAAUCACCCCUUUACUCAACGCCAUGCCGUCUGAUACCGGUCGGCCCGAGUGGGCGACGGGCGGUGCGGGCCGGAUGUAUGCGCGCUUGAAACAUGGACGGAGGAAUGUGUUGAUUGCGGUUGUGGAUCAUGGGGUGAUUAAUUAUAUGCGGUUUGCGGAGGGGGGGUUUGUGGGGGAGGAGUUGUUUGGGAGGUUUGAUGGGGUGAGGAGGGGAGGUGGGAAAGGUGGUGGUGCUGGUGGUGGUGGAGGGAAGGGUGGGGGGAGGAAUAAUGGACGGGGGGGAAGAGGUGGGAGAGGAAAGGGUCGGGGUCGGGGGAGGUAG